UGCCGAGGAGGAGGAGGAGGAGGAGUUUCAUGCCUGCGUUUUGUAGAGGACGUUCAGCUAAAAAAGCUGCAAACUAACAGAAACACAGAUGGUUAUUUCUCGAUACAUUACUUCUUAAAGAACAAUCCAAACUGUGGUUUUAUUUGUUCUAGAUGAAGUCAUGUUUGAGUCGGUAUCCAUGUUUUUUUUCCGGAAGCUGUAAUUUCUCUUUUGUCUUCUGAUCGGAUUUCGGGUUUCAUGCUCCCCGACAUCAAACACAAUGUGGGACAGAAGUGACUUUAAAGCCGGAUUUGAAGCUAAUAAAUCAGGGCCUAGUUGUGGCUCUGGAUGGUUUCUGGGACAUGAAUCAAACUGGCACAGCAGUCUGCCUUGCUCUGGAGGCAGGAUCUGUGAUGGACGACGACAAAGCUCUGUGUCUGACAGCGGUGACACAGGAAUCGGCACCUACUGCUCUGACAGUUUGGAAGAUGACUCCUGUUCCAGUGCAACUCCUCUGUCUUCCCUUCUUGUGUCACAGCAUAACUUAAACCAGGAAGAGGAUGGCGUCCCUUCAGCUCUCGCCUUGUCAUCUGCUUCUUCCUCACCAAGAAUCCUUUUAAAAAUGGCCUCUCCUUCCCACAGCUCUGGCUGCUGGAAUAUGUCUCGCAACAUUAGUAAGCAAGCCACAUCUUCUGCAGAAGCUCCAAGCAGUUUGGACAUGAAAGUGCAUCAACCCAUCAGAAGGUCAUCCUCUUUUACCAAACUGUCAUCAGGGGUUGAUAAGAGUUCCACAAAGACGUCCAGUUACUGUUACAGCCCAGGUGCUGAGGGUUCGCUGGACAGAGGUGUACUUCAUGGUUAUAGAAAGAAAAGACAGGAUUCAAAUAUCAACCUUUACCUACCGUUGUCUUCUGCUAUGAACUGCAGCAAUUUUCUGCUGAGAUCUCCUGGUGCCGAGCCCAGCUACCGCUACAAACACAGUAAUAGAUCCACUGGUUUGAAAACAGACCUGUCCCCUUCCUCGUCUCAUUCUUCUCCAGUUAAAUACAGCUUAAGCUGCUCCAGUUUUCAUGAGACGAAAGAUUCUGGGAAAGGUCAGCAAAUAUGUGGUCUUCAGUCAUCCAGCUGGGGUGACUGGCUGGUGGCUGAGAACCCUGACAGAGGCAUGCCCAUUCAGCCAGCUGUUCGAACCCAGAUGUGGCUGACUCAGCAGAUGGAGUACCGGCCCAAACUGGAGAGUGGAAAUGAACCUGGUCAGGCCAGUUCACCAGGGACAGAAGACUAUGGUGUAAACGGCCUCACAUUGUCUCAUCAGGAAUCUGGACUUAACCAGAUGCUAAUGGAAACUUCCACUCCUGCUAACACUCUGCUGAAGGUUAAGGAGAAACUGCUGAGGGAAAGAGAACUGGAGAUACAAAGCCAAAAGCAGCAAAUCAUGCAGCUGCAUGUGUGGAUCAGGGAGAACGAGCACAGAGCCCAGCAGGUCCUGGGCAGCCAGAGAGGACAGUUUCAUACCUCCAUAAUCCCAAAUACUGAGGAGUCAGCAAUGACGACAUCCGGCAAGCUGCAAUCUGAUAGGCGAUGUUGUGAUGAAGAACUUGGUAAGAAAUUAGCAGCUGCCGAGCUUGAAGUUCUCCAUCUGAACCUGUUUUAUAAGCAGGUCACUCUGAGAUAUACAGAGGAGAUCAGAAAACUGGAAGACAAGAUAAAGACAAGGGAUCGUUACAUCACCAGUCUGAAGAAGAAAUACCAGAGAGAGAGUGAGCAGAACCAAGACAAACAGCAACGCAUUGAGAUACUAGAGAAAUACCUCUCUGAUCUGCCCACAUUAAAUGAAGUUCAAGUCCAGUCCAAACAGCAGGAGAAGUUAGAGGGAAAAAAACAGGCGUCUUGAGAAUACAGUGUUCCAGCUACAGAAGAGCAUAGAGGUAGAAUGUGCAUUGAUUCAGAAGAAAGAUGUCAUGAUUGAGGUGCAGGCCAAGACAGAGGGUGAGAUGAUGACAUCUGUACAAAGGUUGCGUAAGAAAGUGCAGCAGUGUCUGGAUGAUGGGGCCAGGCUGCCGGUGCACGAUCUAAAAAACCUUUUGGGAGAAAAUUCUCAGCUCCUGCAGCAGCAAGACAACAGCAACAUGGUAUUAAGGAUACAGAAGGAUGAAAUUGAGAGACUAACUUCACAACUAAUGGUAGGGAUAUUCAAAAUAUACAUGCUAGAUUUAUUUAUUACUAUUACUCAUAACAUUAUGACUGUUUGAUGUAUGAUAUACCACAGCUCUCCCUUCUUCCCUAAAGCUAGUCCCAACCCGAUAAGUUUGGGAUUUCUCUCAACCUCAGAAGUCUGCUGGGGAAUCUGGUGCCAAGCCAGCAAGGUCUUAGUUUGAAUGUUUUGAAGUGAGGUGAAGCAGAGAGGUCGUGGUUUAUGGUGUGUCCUGUGAUCCCAGUUCAGAAUUAGUGGAUUUCUACAUUAAAAUAGAGUCUAUAAGAUGUUUAAGGGCUCAUGUGAAUGCGAUCUUCUAACCGUUUCAACUACAAAAGGCCAGCAGAAUUAGUUGGUUUAGUGAUCUUCCUGUAUGAAACAGAACGUCAGGCAUUUUUCUCCCAAACACAGUUCUCAUUUGUUUGUAUUUUCUUUUUUGAUAGGCCACUAGUGGAAGACUGCUAAAAAAAAGAGGUGCCGCUCACCCACCAGUGGCUUGUUCUCUGCAAAAGGAGGAGAACUUGGUCAGCAUGCUUGGAGCCUUCUCUCAGGACAAAGACAAGUUGGUGCAUCCGUCAUCUCCAGGAAGCAUGUCAGAAGUGGACGAGCUUUUGAAAGAGAUGUCUUUGUGUCUGCUUGACCUGCGAGGUUUCUGCAGCAUCCUGGCCCAAAGAGCGCAGGGAAAAGAGCCCAACCUCUCUCUGCUUCUGGGAAUGAAAUCACUCAGCGUCUCAGCAGAGGAACAGGAGCACCAGCUGGCUGAAGGAGAAGAAGAACCGAGCUGUAAGCUGCUCCAAGUCGGCCUGCUGAAGAGAGGAAUAGAUGAUCUGAGGAGGACUGUAGCAGAAUACUGUCCUCAGUAUGUGGCUCCAAGCUGUGCCACGCAGUGAAUUCUUAAACAUUACAUUUAUCGAAUCUCUAACGCUAUACAACGAGGAUGUUUGGAAAAUGAAUCCUACUAUCUGUCACAGCUCUGAAAGGUUUGGACGUGUCUGAAGUUUUGUAAUGACUGUUGCCUCUAAUCCACUUCAGACCAGAGGCGCAGCAACCUGCGAGCAGAGCAGCACCAUCCAUUGCUCUACUCCUCUGACUAAUAGGAUCUGAUGCAGAUAAUAAAAUGUUGAGGAUGGUGACACUAACUUUGCUUGGAAAUUAGGAUAUUACGUAAGGUCGUAUAAGAAUAAAUUCAAAGUCCAAGCAGAACUUUGUGCUUGUUAAUACUAUGGAUAGUAAUAUUGCAUCCACACAAAAUUUGCGAUGUGCUGUACUUCCUGCUGCAGAGCAUGGUUCACUGUGGAAGAUCUGCUGCAGGUUAAUAACAGCAGUGGGUCGAUCUGGGCUCAGAUCUGGUACUGCUCACCACACGGCCCACCAGACUAAACUGUUUUUAUAAAAUAAACCAUCAAACAUCCAAGUUUACAUUAAAAUAUGUACAGAAA